AUGUCAAGCUCUUUAGCUAAACUAAAUGAAGCAGAAAUUCCAGGACUCAUAAGGCACCUUGAAAAAUUUAACGCAUAUUUUAGCAGAGCCACAAUAUCCCAAAAAUCAUCUAUUUCAAACCAAGAAGAAAUCGUUGAAGAGCUUAUGACCGAAGUUUCAGAUGCUUACAAAAAAGCCAAAGAAUGUGUAAGCGUGGCAUUUAAAAUCCAUCAACUUUAUGAAAAAACCAAUCAAAAGCUGCAAAGAGUUUCAUAUAAAAACGAGGCAUUAAAGUCCCGAAAUGAAGAAAUGAAAUCCCAAAUUCAAGAUCAACUAAACGAAUUUAUAAUUAAAGAAAAAAGAAUUGAAAGCUUAUCCCAUGACUUAAAUGAUAUUGAGCAAGGAUUUAAAGAUAUGGUUAAUGAAAAUAAACAGCUAAAAAGAGAUGUUUUAAUGCUUAAAAAAGAAAUUUCUUUGAAAGAGCAAGGCACUAGAUCGAGAGCUGCCAGUCAAGAAGUUAAAAGGCUGCCUCCAGAUUUAAAGCAGGAACAGAUAAACGCGCUUCAAAUAGAAUUGAGGAAACAAAUAGAAGAUGCAGAAGGCCUUCAAUUCCAAAUUAAAGAUUUAGAAAAUUUAUUAAAAAUUGAAAAAAAUAAUUCAGAAAGAUUGAAAUUCCAGAAUGGAUCUAUAAGAAAAGAAUUAGAUGAUGCUAAUCAAGAAAUCGAAAACCUUCAGAAUGAAAAAUCAGAAUUACAAGAGCAGCUUGAGACUUAUAAAAAUGAAAUUAUUCAUCAAAAGAUUUUGAUUGAAAAUCUUCAAAAGUUGCAUGAAAAGGAUAAAAUGAGGGCGACUUUUGUGUCAGAAGCAGGAUAUAGUAAUCACGCUGAAGAUGAAAUGGAGACUCCAAUAGUUAGCCAUGAGCAAGAUAUUAAAAAUAAUGAUCAAUAUUCUCUUAUGAGCUUAAGACAAAAGAAGAUGCAGGACUGGAGAAGGACAAUGACCAUUGACACUGAAAAUCUUGGAGAGGUUUUUGAGAGUGAAGAGGUUCCUGAUGAAAAACAAUUUUUUGUGCUCAGCUCACCUACAUCGAAAUAUGGGCAGUUUCAAAGUUUUGUUGACUCUGUCAGAGAUAAAGCAAUUUUAAGUGAUGAAGUUCUGCCAUCAAUUAAAAUAGAAGCAAAAAUGAAAAGAAAAGGCAAUGAGAUAACUAAAAUAUUUGAUAUUGAAAUAAAGAAGAAAGAGCCGAAAUUAAGAUUUGUUGAGCUUAUAACAGAGAAAAUAAGCAAUGUGAAGGUUCUGCCAUAUAAAGACUAUUCAAAAUUAAGAAUGGAUAAGCAAGCAGAUGGGAUUUUUGUGAAAAAGGAAAUAAUUGAACUUCAGAUUGAAACUUUAGCAAAUGUUAAUUUGAAAGAAAGUAAAAAAAAAUUAUCAGUUGAAAAACAUCAAGCAGUCCUUAUUGAAAGAAAACAGCAAGAAAUGCUUUUAGUUGAAAAUAUACCUUCUUUUUCUAUUGAAAAGAGCAUAUCUAAACUAUUAUCAACCGAAGCAAUGCAUGCGAUUAAAAUUGCAGGAACUAUCAAGCCUCUGCUUUGUAUCAGUAGUAAUAAAUCAAUAUACAUUGAAAAUAGCUAUAAAAAAGAAAAUGCAAUCGAAGUAAAAGCUAAUAAUAAUCACCUUUCGAUAGAGAAAUUAUCAAAGAUAUGCAUAGAAAGAAAAUAUAAAGUGCCACUUAUAAUUGAAUCACUACCAGUUGUAAAACUUCAAGGAAUAAUCAUAAAACGGCGUCACUUGGAUUUUCUGGUCGCUCGAUCAAAAAUUCUCUUUUCCCAUUUUAUGUUUAUGAGGUUUGACUUUCCCCAGUGAAUGUCCUGGCUAGUACAGGGCUUCAAGGUGUCUACGAAGCGCAGCAUAGGGCUCCUGUCUUAGGAAAUAAUUUUCUGGAAUGAUGUCAGAAACCCCAGGCAGUGAGGUUAGGACCUUUAGGGUUCUGACAGACCUAAGCUGUUUUUUAGAUCAAGCCUGAACGAAAGCUGUCGAAAUCGGAAUGCUAGAAGCAUAUGGACCAUUUAUGGGGCGAAGCCGCACGAUGUUUGACGUGGCGAUGGAAAAAGGAGAAGAAGCAGGGACGGAAGCCCAAACAGUUGAUGCGAUAUUGAAGUUAAAAGAGAGGAAGAUUAAUCUUAAUAUAAUGUAGUGUAAAAACUUCAAGGAUUUUUAUCAAUAGAAAAUUGCAUAAAUAAAAUUUUCAUACAAAGUGAAAACCUUGAAAUAAAUAAAUCUCAAUAGUUUAAAUAUGGUGUCUCAUGCGUUACAGUCGACUGCACCGAUUUCUUCUAACACAUAUUUAAAUUAUAUCCGGCAUGAUUUUUCUAGCUCAAAGAUGGACAUCUAUGCUCUUAAGCAAUUCUAAUACUGUGUGGAGCCUAGACCUAGUCAAAUUUCAGGGCUAGAUUUUAAACAAGGGAGGAAGGGACUCGGAAGUUAGAAAGGGGAUGCCAAGUCAAGUUUUUAGGGCAAUGCCUAGACUAAUCGGGCAUAUUCUCCAAAAUAAAACCAGUGAUUACGCCCUGGACUACAAAUUUUCCUUUUUGCUAAUAGUAGACUGGAGAACUCAGUUUUGGUUUUUGUGCACACCCAACCUCAAGCAAGGUUGCAGAAGUCCGAAGAAUGUACACUCAAAACUGAAGCUGGAUGACAAGGAGGAGACACUUUCAUCCCUUGCAAAGUGGUUUGGAUCUCCUUGGAGAUCCUCGGUGACAAUGCUACAAUUAGGCUAUCACCAUCUGUUAUCUAAGUUUAAGAAAUAAAUAAAUCUAGAGAAUCCAAGGCAGAACCUGUAGAAGAUCUGCAUGAAAAAUUCAAGACUUUAGAAAUAACUGAAGUGUUAAAUUAUUCUUUAGUUGAUAAAAGAAAGCAAAAUCUCUCAAUUGAAAAGACCCCAAUUUUGACUAUAGAAAUAUAUAAAGAGUUAUCCAAAAAUAUCCAUACUAUUAGGCACCAACCAUUAGAAAUAAAUAGCCAGAAUCAAAUAUAUUUGCUUCCAAUCAAAACUCAAAAACUCUUUUUAGAAGCUACAUCUAUGACAAAAAUCGAGUCUAAAUCUAUGACCUCUUUAAAAAUUCAUCAAUUUGAAAGCAUUUUGAUAAAGUCAACAAGAAAUAAAACAGUUAUAUUAGAAGCAAUGCCUGCUUCGAAAAUUGAAGAAAAAGAGUUUUUAACAAUGGAAUCCCAAUCCGAGCUAAAAAUAGAUCCAAACCAUUUAUCAAUGGAAACUGCUGCAACAGCCAAAGAUAAUGCAGAAAUUCAGAAUAAGUAUUUAUUAAAAGACCAAUGACAUACAAAUGAAGUCAAACGAGAUGCCUUGCAAAUAGAAAGCUCAUCAGGCAAAACUCAAAAACCAUUAAAUGAUAAGCAAAUCCCUCUAAAUUACGAUAAUAAAACAAAAUUUUCUCAAACCUUCGCAUCCUCAGACCAUAAAUCAGAACUAUUAGAACUUGACAUUUUAAAGUCAAUAAAGUCCCCAGAAGCAAAUAAUCCGUCACCAAAAAAGAAAUCGAAAAAAAAUUAUCGUCAAAAUCGCAAAAUUUUUACUCAAGAUCCUAUAAAACAGUUUUUUAUAUUGGUAAUAAAUAAGUAGACAUGUGAAGCAGCUAAGAUAAAUAGUGAAAAACGUGACUUUAUAGGUCAAAUCCCUUUCGAUUUGCUUUUUUCUAAAGUUUUCGAAGAGCAUAUUCCAUUUAAUAACUGGCAUGAUUACGUUCAAAAAUUCUUGCAUAGCAAGAUUAUAUAG